GUUUCAAGAGAUCGUGAAGGCGUACUUUGAGCAGGCGUCGCUGGACCACCUCCUGGCCCAGACCCCUGGCCCCUGGCCGACGCGCGAUGUGCGCGCGCAUCCUGGAGAGGGCCGCCCUGCUGGCGCAGCAGGAGCAGCCCUUGACCACCAGCGGGACCAAGGCUUCCGCCGCGAUGAUAGGCGGCAGCUGGCGCGCGCAUGCUGGCGGCAGAAUGCGAGGCUGGCCGCGCUUGUUCUCCGCUGGCAUGCUUGGGCACACGAGCUCAUGACAGUGGGCGAGCUGGGGGGCAAGGUGGACAUUCUGGACUUAGCUGAGUCCCAGCGGCGCUUCAAUUGCGCCCAGCGGCGAGACGCGGCGCGCUGGAGACGCUGCGCCAGGGAGGCCGCCGACGCUGAAUCGGAGGAGCACCUGAGGCGACGGUUGCAUCUCCAGGCCAAGGAGCCGCGAGCUGCCCUGAAAAACCGUCACCUCCGGCGGCGCGCCCCGCCGCGCGUGGAUUGGUCGCAGAUCCCGCUGCCGAGCCUCUCGGACAUCGUGGUGGUGCCGCAGAGGCCUCGCCCCGCGGCCCCGGGGCCAGGCGGCCCCCCAGCCUGCGCGUGGAGCGCCGUGAGCCGCGGCCCGGGAGUGUUCCUCGAGGCAUGCGGGUGGCUCCGCUCGGGGCUCCCGAGGCGGUCUAAUUUCCAUCACGGGGCGAGCGUCUUCCCCCCGAGUGGCACGGACCCAGAGGAUGACGACCAGCCCGGCGCGGGCUUGACGCGCGCACCG